AUGCAGUUGGAAUCCGCGCUGGCUAGAAGGCGCGAACCACUUCGAUGGGGCGCCGGGCCCAGCCCCCCCCCCCCCCCCACCCCCCCCCCCCCCCCCCCCCCCCCCCCCCCCCCCCCCCCCCCCCCCCCGCGCCGCUCCGUUCCCCGCUGCUCUCGCAGCCCCCGCUCACAGCGUAUACCAGACACCCGAGACGCCGGCUCGAUGGGCGAUAGGGCCGAGGCGGGGCUGACAGCUACCGAAUUAAUCGCCCGCGUGCGGGCUGCUAUCCACUAUCCGCGUAAAAGCUCGCACCAAAAGCUACUGUUAACUGUCAUAUUCGUAAUUGAUCUG